UACAGCCCAGACAGUUACACAUUUUCCCCCUAGGAGCCUUGGUUGUCAUCACGGGCUUGGGCUCAGAGACGGAGUGGUGACCAUGGCCAGGCUGGCUCUGUCUCCUGUGCCCAGCAACUGGCUGGUGGUAUUGCUGCUGCUUCUUUCAGCAGGUGAGCCGGCAGCCCAAACAGUGGACCAGUUAGUGGAUUCUGAAGGAAGCUCUUGUUCCCAGGUCUGGCAGUACCCACGUUUCAUAGCCAAGAAACGCAACUCCAUGGUGAAAAUAAGGUGCGAAGCAAAGGUUUCAGGCGACGUGACCUGGCUCUGGAUGCAGGAUAAGGACUCGACGCCCAAGCCACUGCACCUGGAAGAGGGGCACAUCAUACAGAACCAGACCGGGUCUAAUGCCACCCUCAUCAUUCAAGACAUCCAGUUUCAGGACAAUGGCAUCUACUUCUGUCAGAUUGAGUGCUUGGAAAAACAAUUUGAGAGGGGCUGUGGCACCGAACUUCGAGUCUUGGGGUUCAGCACCUGGGCACAGUUGAAGCGGCGGAACACACUGAAAGAUGGCAUCAUCAUGAUCCAGACCCUACUCAUCAUCCUCUUCAUCAUCGUGCCCAUCUUCCUGCUAUUGGACAAGGAUGACAGCAAGGCUGGAAUGGAGGAAGAUCACACCUACGAGGGCCUGAACAUUGACCAGACGGCCACCUACGAGGACAUAGUGACUCUGCGGACUGGGGAGGUGAAGUGGUCAGUGGGUGAGCACCCAGGCCAGGAGUGAGAGGCCCGCCCUCCCCAUGCCCCUGGGCACAGCCUGUUGUGCCCUCAGUGACUGUUUCAGAGCCACCUGGCUCCCAGUCCAUCCCCUUUUCCCUGGACCCCCUGUUGGCCUCCAAACCUGGCCCACCAGAUCCGCCUGCCCCUCCAGCCCCUGGUCCCCAGCUCUUGCCAAAGGGACUGGAGUGGAAAGGCCACAGGGCAGUGAUUUGGAGCAGGGAGUUCUCUGGGGAUAGACUGGACCCAGCCUUCUGGGGUGCUAUGUGGGGAUCCACCCCACGUUCAAGACGGAGAAGGCAGAGACUUGUCUGGAACCUACAAAGGUUCCUGUGAAGCCUGCGAAGGGCCGUGGCCCUGCCCUCCUUGGCCACAGAUGGGCCACUGAGAGCUUCAUCCUUCUCCCACCCUCUCCCACCUCAGGGGGGUCCUAGCCUUGAGACCAUUCUCCCAUGGAAUAAACAAUAUGUCUUGAGAAACCACA